CCCCAUUUCCCCUCCAGGCCGCUCAGUUUCCCGGACUCUCCCCUCUCGGGCUCCGCGUUCCGGGCGCCCUCCGGCAGCUUCUCCGGCAGGGGGGGCACAGAGAGGGCCCCGAGGGGGGCGGAGCCACAUCCCGGGAAUUCUGGGAAUUCCGGGAAUUCCGGACACGCCGAGGCCGCCGGGACCGGACACGAGGGAGGCGCUGAGAGGCUCAAGGAGCCGCUGUGGCACCUCCCGGCCCCGGCGCGGAUCCCGGGGAAGCGCCCGGGGCGCCCCGAGCCCGGCCCCAGGGAGCCCCCGCAGCAGCGCCCGGCCAAGGAUCCUCCCCCCCCGCGCCGCUCGCCGCCGUCCAGCUCGGCCUCCAGCGACCCCGACGAGAGCCCCCGAGCCCCCAGAACGCCCCAAAAUCCCCAAAAUUCCCCAAAUCCCCCGAACCCCCCGAACCCCCAAAAUCCCCCAAAUCCCCAAAACCCCCAAAAUCCCCCAAAUCCCGCCCGGAAUUCCCGAAAUUCCCAAAAAUCCCCCAAGGAGCCCAUGGCGACGGCGCCCCCUGCUGGACGCAAGGCCGGGAGUGACAGGGCGGCUCCGAGCGCGGCCCCGAAAAUCCCCGGGAGAGGCCGAGAGGGGAACGGCGAGCUCGGCAGGCAGGUGAACGUGUUCGGGCAGCCGCGGCUCCGGGCGUCGCUGCGGGAUCUCCGCUCCCCCCGGCGCGUCCCCAAAUCCUCCAUCGAGGACGACCUCAAACGCCUCAUCCUGAUGGACAACUCCUGCCCCGAGCCCGAGCCCGCCCCGCCUCUCCACCGGACGCUGUCUGACGAGAGCCUCUGCGGGGGGCGGCGCCGCAGCCCCCACAACUCCCAAAAUUCCCAAAAUUCCCAAAAUUCCCCAAAUUCCCAAAACUCCCAAAACGCCCAAAGUGCCCCAAAUUGCCCAAAUUUGGUGAAUUUUGGGGAUUUUGGGAGCCGGGCGGAGGCGCUGCCGGGGAGCAGCCGCAACACGCUGCCCGCCAGGAGGGGCCCGGCGGCGCGGCUGGAGCCGGGGGCUGAUGCCGCUGCCCGACGCCGCCCGCGCUCGAGUGGGCGACGCUCGUCAGCGCCGCCAAGGCCUACGAAGUGCAGCGCGCCGUGUCGCUGUUCUCGCUGAGCGACCCCGCCCUGAGCCCGGAGCCGCCCCCCGCCCCUCCCCCACCCCCGCGCGCCGCGCCCCUCCCCCCGCUCAGCCCCUCCCCGGCCCCCCUGGAUCUGCCAGGAAAGGUUUCCCAGCUGGAGGCGAUGCUGAAGCAGCUCCACAGCGACCUGGAGAAGGAGAAGCAGGACAAGGUGUUCCUGCAGGCCGAGGUGGCCAACCUGCGGCAGAACAACCGGCGCCUGCAGCAGGAGUCGAGCUCGGCCGCGCGGCAGCUGCGGCGCUUCGCCCGCAUCUUCUCGGGGGCGGCGGAGCACCACGAGCCCUGAGGAGAUCCAACGGGAUGGAUCCCAUCAGGAACUUCUCCAGAGCUUCUGAGCACCACGAGCCCUGAGGAGAUCCAACGGGAUGGAUCCCAUCAGGAACUUCUCCAGAACUUCUGAGCACCACGAGCCCUGAGGAGAUCCACUGGGACUUAGUGGGAUCUACUGGGAUGGAUCCCAUCAGGAACUUCUCCAGAGCUUCUGAGCACCACGAGCCCUGAGGAGAUGCAACGGGAUGGAGAAAUCCCCUGGAAUUGUGGUGGAUCCCAUCAGGAACUUCUCCAGAACUUCUGAGCACCAGGAGAUCUGACUUGGACUUACUGGGAUGGAGAAAUCCUCUGGAAUUGUGGUGGGAUGGAUCCCAUCAGGAUGUUCUCAGGAGCUUCUGAGCACCAGGAACCCUCACUGGGAUCUACUGGGAUGGAGAAAUCCUCUGGAACUGGGAUGGAUCCCAUCAGGAACUUCUCCAGAGCUUCUGAGCACCAGGAGACCUGACUGGGACUUACUGGGACAGAGAAAUCUCCUGGAAUUGUGGUGGAUCCCAUCAGGAUCUUCUCAGGAGCUUUGGAGUACCAGGAACCAUGACUGGAACCCACUGGGACAUAGAAAUCCUCUGGAAUUGUGGAACCCAUCAGGAUGUUCUCCAGAACUUCUGAGCACCAGGAACCCUCUCUGGGAUCUACUGGGACUUACUGGGAUGGAGAAAUUUUCUGGAAUUGUGGUGGAUCCCAUCAGGAUCUUCUCGGGAGCUUCUGAGCACCAGGAGCUCAAACUGGGAUCCACUGGGACAGAGAAAUCUCCUGGAAUUGUGGUGGAUCCCAUCAGGAUCUUCUCAGGAGCUUCUGAGCACCACGAACCCUGAGGAGAUCCAACUGGGACUUACUGGGAUCUACUGGGAUGGAGAAGUUCUCUGGAACUGGGAUGGAUCCAUCAGGAUCUUCUCCAGAACUUCUGAGCACCAGGAACCGUGACUGGGAUCUACUGGGACUUACUGGGACAAAGAAAUCCUCUGGAAUUGUGGUGGAUCCCAUCAGGAACUUCUCGGGAGCUGCUGAGCACGAGGAACCACGAGAGGAUCCAACUGGGACUCAAUGGGACGAAGAAAUCCACUGGAACUGGGAUGGAUCCCAUCAGGAUCUUCUCCAGAGCUUCUGAGCACCACGAAUCCUGAGGAGAUCCACUGGGAUCUACUGGGACAGAUAAAUCCUCUGGAAUGGUGGUGGAUCCCAUCAGGAACUUCUCAGGAGCUUCUGAGCACCACGAACCGUGAUGGGAUCUACUGGGACUCAAUGGGAUCCAACUGGGACCUACUGGGAUAGAGAAAUCCUCUGGAAUUGUGGUGGAUCCCAUCAGGAUGUUCUCCAGAGCUUCUGAGCACCAUGAACCGUGACUGAGAUCUACUGGGACUUACUAGGAUGGAUCCCAUCAGGAUCUUCUCAGGAGCUUUGGAGCACCAGGAGACCCCAUUGGGAUCCACUGGGACCUACUGGGACGGAGAAAUCCUCUGGAACUGGGAUGGAUCCCAUCAGGAACUUCUCCAGAGCUUCUGAGCACCACAAACCCUGAGGAGAUCCACUGGGAUGGAGAAGUCCAUUGGAACUGGGAUGGAUCCCAUCAGGAACUUCUCAGGAGCUUUGGAGCACCAGCAGACUCCACCGGGAUCCAGAAUUUUCUUCCUGGGACGGAAAAAUCAGAUCUGAGACCUCCCCUGCAGAGCCAGAACAUUCCAGAAGGAUCCAGAACCUUCCAGAAGGAUCCAGAACCUUCCAUGGAAUUCCAGAACCUUCCAUACGGGACCAAGACCCUUCCUGAGGAUCCAGAACGUUCCAAGGAUCUCCAGAACCUUCCAGAAGCUUCCACAGGGAACCGAGAUGCUUCCUGUGGGUCCAGAACAUUCCAUGGGGAUCCAAGAUCUUCCUGGUGGGAUCCAGAACAUUCCUGAGGGACACAAGAACAUCCCUGUGCUUCCAGAACCUUCCAUGGAAUUCCAGAACCUUCCAAAAGGGACCAAGAUUCUUCCUGAGGAUCCAGAACCUUCCAUGGAAUUCCAGAACCUUCCAUAUGGGACCAAGACCCUUCCUGAGGAUCCAGAACAUUCCAAGGAUCUCCAGAACGUUCUCCAUGGAUCCAAAACAUUCCGUGGAAUUCCAGAACCUUCCACGCGGGCCCAGGAAUUCCAAAACUCUUCCAGAACUUUCUGCGCUGAUCCAGAACCUCCCCAGUGGGUCCCGGACUCCUCCUACAGGUCCAGAACUUUCCACGGGGUUCCAGAACCUUCCGUGCAGGACUCGGAACAUUCCAGAAGCUUCCACAGCGAUCCGAGGACCUCCCUAGGGAUCCAGAACUUUCCAGAACUUUUCAUGGAAUUCCAGAACUUCCAGAACCUUCCAUGGGAUUCCAGAAAUCCCAGAACUUCCCAUGGGAUUCCAGAACUUCCAGAACAUUCUGCGGAAUUUCAGAAUUUCCAGAACGUUCCACAGAAUUCCAGAACUUCCAGGUGCUUCCACGGGGAUCCAGAACAUUCCACGGAAUUCCAGAACUUUCCAUGGGAUUCCAAAAAUCCCAGAACUUUUAAUGGAAUUCCAGAACUUCCCACGGAAUUCAAAACUUCCGGAACUUCUGGGGGAUCCAAAACUUUCCAGAACUUACCGUGGAAUUCCAGAACUUUCCAGACAUUUCCAGACGCUUCCAGAGGGAUCCAGAAAUUCCAGAACUUUCCCCGGAAUUAAAAACUUCCAGAACUUUCCGGGGGGAUCCAAAACCUUAUAGAACUUACCAUGGAAUUUCAGAACUUUCCAUGGAAUUCCAGAACUUUCCGGACAUUUCCAGGUGCUUCCAGAGGGAUCCAGAAAUUCCAGAACUUCCCACGGAAUUCCGGAACUUUCCACGGAAUUCCAGAACCUUCCAGAGGGUCCCAGGCCCCUCCCCCCCCCGGGAAAGGGGGAGGGGCCUCUCCAAAGGCAAUAAGAGCCCCUCCCCCCUCGUUAGGGGAGGGCUCCAAUCUUUAAUUAAUAAUAAUAAUAAUUAAUGAGGAUGAA